GCGGCCUUUUACAUCUGUCACUGAAUGCCUUUCAGACCCGAUGCAUAUAUAGCCAGUCAUACUGGGCCUUUAUCAGUACCACAUUCCUUGACCACGUCCUUCCUCUGAGUCAACUAAACCAAUUUUCAUUUUCAACAUCCAUACCAUCAUGAUGAAACGAGCAGCAGCGUCACUUGUAACAAAGAUCAAUAUUAUUCCAUGCAUAUCCGACCAGGUUGACAUUAUCGCGCUCCUUGGAGGAACCAAAUCAGUAGAAGACUUUGAACAAAUGAUUACACGAGGACCCGCCUUUACCCUGGCUGACCUACCAGCAUAUGUUGAUGCACUGAAGAACCUCAAGUCAGGGAUCGAUGACCGGGAAUUUUUGCUAGAAAAACUUCUGAUGUUGAUGUCGCGCCUUCCAGACGACUCAGUCUUCGCUAAAGAACUUCAGAUUUCCGUGAUUAAUAUCCUUUAUAAGGAUCUUCCUCACCCACCUUACAGCUUCUUGAAGACACCUGUAACGACGCCGCCGUCCAGCUCCAGUGACAUGCCAUAUAUCUUCCGCAGUGCUGAUGGCUCCAAUUAUUCGAUGUCCGUGCCGAACCUUGGUCAAGCAGGCCAACCAUAUGCGCGAUCUGUACCAUCUACGCAUGUUUCGUCGCGUUAUCCAUUACCAGAUCCAGGAGAGGUAUUUGAUACCCUUCUGCGUCGUGGUCGGAAUGACUUCGUCCCUCAUCCUGGGGGUCUCUCCAGUCUGUUCUUCGCAUUUGCAGAUCUCAUCAUUCACAGUAUAUUCGAUACGAACUCCCACGAUUGGACGAUCAACAAUGCCAGCAGCUACCUCGACCUGAGUAUCCUAUAUGGACACAACGAAGAGCAGGUCGAUAGUAUACGCAAGAAGGACGGAACCGGUCAUAUUUGGGAGGAUGUAUUCGCUGACAAGCGUCUCUUGUUCAUGCCCCCCUCUGUGGGUGCCCUUGCAGUCUUAUUCAGUCGUCACCACAAUUAUAUCGCAAGCAAGAUCCUUAGCCUCAACGAGCGAGGGACAUUUGCACGCCCAGCAGAUCUUCGAGAAGCGCAACGUACUGCCCAGUGUGAUGAGAUCUUUCACCGCGCUCGACUUGUCAACACAGCCUUUUUCAUGCAGAUCAUCUUAACGGACUACGUUGGAGGCAUUCUUGGUCUUGUCAGAGAUGGACUGACUUGGCGAUUGAAUCCACUUCAGGGGUUUCGUGAGCAGACGCAUGACGUUUCCCAACGAGGAGCUGGAAACGCCGUUUCUCUGGAGUUCAACAUGCUCUAUCGUUGGCAUGCGGCGAUGUCGCGUCAAGAUGAAGCAUGGAUUGAACGCACUUUCAAAAACAUUCUCCCUGACAGAGACCCUUCGACUAUCACUGUCGAAGAGUUCAAGGCUGCUGUCCACAAGGAUGGUGCUCAAAUACCUAACAUUCAUAGUUGGACAUUUGGCGGUCUCACCCGUGAAAAGGAUGGUCGAUUCAGCGAUGCCAAUAUCGCCCGUGUCUUACAGGAUGCAACGGCCGACAGGGCUUGUGCCUUUCGUGCAAGGGGCGUUCCGGCCGCCAUGCGAAUUGUGGAGAUUUUGGGCAUGGAGCAGGCACGAGCCUGGGGUGCUUGUUCACUGAACGAAUUUCGUCGCUUCAUUGGCCUGAAACCAUACAAGAGCUUCAGUGAAUGGAAUCCCGAUCCAGAGAUUUAUAUCGCAGCCGAACGCUUGUACGGCGAUAUUGAAAACCUAGAAUUACAUGUGGGCCUGCAGGCUGAGGAAACAAAACCUCCAAUUCCUGGCGCUGGCCUUUGCCCUGGAUACACUAUCUCACGUGCCAUCCUUGCCGAUGCUGUAUGCUUGACUCGUGGAGACAGGUUUCUUACAGUAGACUUCACUCCGUUCAACCUGACAACAUGGGGUUACGAGCAUUGCAUGGUCAACAAGGUGGAUGGAUCCUAUGGUGGCAUGCUCACCAAGCUUCUCUUUCACAUGCUCCCUGAUCACUACCCCGUGGGCUCAGUCUACGCUCACUUUCCUUUCCUGACUCCAGAGUUCCUUGCUUCGAGCAUGACCAAUGUGCCGCAUGGUGCCGAAAUCCGGCAUCUUUACAAUUGGGACAGGCCUUUGGCUGUUCAACAAACUGCGUUUGCAGCUACUGAUACGAGCGUUGUUAGAGUCUAUGAUUGUCGACUUUCGAAGUUACACACGCCUCCGAGGGUACGGAACGAAGCAAUCAGAAAGCCUAUCUCUGAUAAAGUUGCUGAACACACCGUGUCUACUUCACACUUCGCACACCUUACAAGUGAGCUGAUACUCAAGAGACGCGAAGUUGAUAAGCACGUCGACAUACUUGAAAUCCUGAACCUCCUUCCCGUUUAUUGGGUGGGCGACAUCAUGGUUGGAUUACCAUUGAUGGACAAAUCAUCGUCGCAGGCGACUCCAGAAUUUUGGUACAAAGCUUUUUUCAACAUUGCACACUACUUGUACUUCAAUAACGAUCCUGCUUCCGACUGGAUCCUUCGCGAAAAAGCCACGCGCUCUACCCAGCUAAUUAUGUUAUACCUUGAGGGCCAUUUGAAAAGACUCUCUGAUGGUAUUAUUUCAAUCAAUGGUAUAUGCGAUCUUCUGUUCUCAAACCAUGUGUCAUCGCAUAAAGGCGAAGCAUUCCUUUCGGAGGUUCUCAAAGUCACACCACAGGCUUCGAUAGAGGAGAUAGCAUUGUGUUUGUUCGAGGAAAUCAUCCCUUCUGCGGCCUUGUUCUCCGCAGUCAUCGCUUCAGUGGUGAAAUACUACAUGUACGCUCAAAACGAAGACUACUCCAAAUUUUCUUCCAGUUGUCGAGAAUGGUCAGAACAGAGCCCAGCCGUCCUGCGAUAUAUCUGCAAAGCACUCGAUUUGGACAUCGACAUGAUGUCGAGUGGCAAAUCUGUCCUGCGUAUCACUCUUGAUGGCCAAGUUGUUGUCAUUCCGAAGCAAACUGGCCUUAUGUCCUGGGAUAUCUUCUCAAAGAUCGCUCCUGGAAUCAUCUGCAAUAUCUUCCAUGUUGAUUCUAUUCGUCGUCCUCGCAUCAUCGGUAAAGCAACGUGCGUUGACGCAGCAGAGCAAACAUCGAGGUUCACCAACAUCCCCACGCUCACCUCGAUGGUUGUUGGGUAUGAUGUUUAAUACGGAAACUACAGACACCCGAUUUUCGUCACUGUAUUACAAGAGUCAAACACCCACACUAAUGUAUCAACACCACUCGCACUGUUUUAGAGAAAUCGGUUUGUAAUGUAUCAUCCAGUCGUAUCUCAUGCCUGAACUC